AUGGAUUAUGAAAAGCUCAUAACAGACCCCGGCUUUUUGCUGGUGAUAGCGUCGCAAGCCUUUGCUGGAGCAUUCUCAGCUGUUGUAGCUAUCGUCGCGCUGAAAAGAUGUCGAGAUCUACAUUUUCAUGUGAACUGCAGAAUAUUGAUAAGCACUCUGCUUGUACUGAUUUUUGUACAUUCAGCCUGCUUGACAGUACUGCAGGUACUGCAACUGACAAGAUAUCUGCUGUAUCCAGAUCCAAACAAAGCCGCUAUUCCUGCAACAGUCUGUUUUGGUUUGCGUUUUCCAGCAACGGUGUGCAUGACAGCAUUUGCCAUACUUCAGGUCGGUAUGAUAGCUGAACGAGCAAUUGCUGUGUGGCAACGCAGUCGCUACGAAAGUCUAGGAAUCGCUGUGGGAAUUAUUAUCACUGGACUAUGCGUAAUCGUAUCUGCAUUGUUCUCCAUGUGGGCGCUGAUGCAAAUGAAUUUACGCACAGUAACUGUUUACUGCUCCGCUGGCACCCCUGAGACCUCAUUCAGAGUGAAAGUACUUACGAUGACUUUUUGUGGGAUUGACGGUUUUACCUUAAUCGCGACUGGCUUGGUCUUUUCCUGCAAUGCUGCUGCUGUUAAACGCAAAUUCUUCGACUUGCAGUCUUCAUAUCAGCUGAAGGAAAACUUGGAAGUACUUCGUAUCAUUCUGCCGAUGUCUACGUGUCAGGCCAUAUUUCAUCUUACAUUUUCCUUGAGUAACUCCAUACUGGCUAGCUACGAAAGCAGUUUUUUAAUGGUGACUUAUCGAACAUUAUUUGCAGCUACUUACAUAAUUCCCUACUACACGAUGAUCGCUCCAAUUCUGUUGAUGCUGCUGCUAAGAAUUACGUUUCAUAAGCGAGCGAGCAAGCUCAAUGUCCUCACGAAACCCGCCGCCAAGGAAAAUGACAUGUAUUUCACUACCUACUCAAAGAUGUGGAUGACUACUGCAUAUAAUAAAUCGUAA